AUGUCCUCAACGGUCUGGUCGAUAGAUGCCGGAAACGAAGAGCUACGCGUACAAAUAAGUACCCAGAAAUACGAUCUCGAGAAUAUCAAGCAGGAAAAAGACCUUAUCGCGCUUCAACAUGAGAAAGAGCUGAGGGAGCUGCAGGCUAGGGCGGAUGCGGACUUCCGUAGAGCACAGGCGGCGGAAAGCAGUAAUGCUAAAACGCAGCAUAAGAUCGAGUCGCUGGCCGAAGAACUGAAAAACACACAGGAAGCUGCAAUUAGCGAGAAGUCUUCGUGGGAGAGGCGGUUGAGGUCCCUGCAGGAUGAAAACGAAAGUUUGCAGGAGGAAUCGGACGAUUAUCAAUCACAGCUUGCAGACCAACAACGCCAAUCGAAACACCAGAUCAACGAGCUAGAAGCUAUUCGGUCUGCCUUACAAAAGACCCUAGACGAACUGCGGAACGAACUUCUGGAGGUGACGGAUAACCUACAAACGGCGCAGGGAAGACUUGAACAGCGGGAAUCAGAGGUUGAGGCCUUGGAGACAGAAAAUAUACGUUUAAAAGCCGAGGGCACAGAUCCUGAGUCUCUUACCGUUUUGAAGCGAGAACUAUCCGAACAAUUGGCGCAAGUUAGACGGCUCGAAAGUGAAUUACGCCCUCUCCAAAAAUCACAGAAGAGAGUGGAGGUUGUGGAGGAACAGAAGAUGGCGCUAGAAAAUCAAUUACAGAUGAUGAAAGGCGUCGAGGCAGAGUUACAUAAUGUGCAAAUACGAAAUCAAGUGUUGGAAGACGAGAAGCGGUCCUGGGCCAAUUUGCUGCAAGAGGAGGACCAGGAGAUGGAAUUUGAAUCUCCCGAAGCUAUCGUCAGAGCGCUUGUGCAGUCCAGGAUAGAGAAUGCAUCUUUGGUGGAAAGAGUCGGACACGUUCAAUCAGAGGCUACAGAGAAGGCUGAGCUGGCUGCGAGGUUGGAAGACGAGAAACAUGCCCUUCAAAAGGAGAUGGAAAAGAUUCGUGCAAAUACCGCGGCUAGUGCAGCCCCAUCAGCAUCGUCAGGCUCUGAAAGUCGGGCUAAGCUACGACUAGAGCGCCAACGAAUGCUUGCGCUAAAAGAGGUUGAAUAUCUACGAGCACAGCUAAAGGCCUUUGAUGACGAAGAAACGACUAUGAAUAUUGAGGAGAACCGUUUCGAUUCCCAAAAGGCCGAGCACAUCGCGCAUCUGGAAUCUCUUCUAAAUGAGCACCGUCAGGAACUUCAUCAGUUACAUGAACAGCUCUCGAAACAGGAGGCAGAGGCAACUCCCGCUGAUCCACAAGCAGCGGCCGCUCGAGGAACCAAACGGCCCCUCUCCCCUGCAGAUAGCGAUGCCGAAAGUGAACGGAUUGCAGUUCUGACUCGCAAGUAUCGUACCGUUCAGGCAUCUUUUUCCAAAUCAGAGCAAUCCGUCAAGCUGCUUACGAAAGAGCUCGAAGCAACCAAAUCCCACCUCUCUUCUCUCCAGGCUCAGUCACGCACUCGGAUCCUAGAGUUCCGCGAUAACCCAACUGCCCAGGCGGAGAAGAUCAAAAUGACUACACUGAAGACGCUCAAGGCAGAGAACGUCGACCUUCUCAACCAAAUCCGUGGUUCACGUGCAAACAUCAAAUCCGUCCCGGCCACAGUCCUUGAAAGCAUGAAACUAGAGCUACAGGAAGCCAGCAAGACAGUUGCUGAGAAAGAAAAACGUAUCCGACGAUUAAAGGAAAUAUGGACGGCCAAAUCUUCCGAGUUCCGAGAAGCUGUAGCCUCGAUCCUUGGCUAUAAACUUGACUUUAUGCCCAAUGGUCGCGUACGAGUGACUUCUAUGUUCCAUCUCUCCCCGGCCUAUAGACAUGGCGACCCAGGCGGUUCUGCUGACGGACCCGGAAGUAUGGGCGACGGCGAAGAAAAUUCGAUUAUAUUUGAUGGUGAAAAUGGUACCAUGAAGAUAUCCGGCGGACCUAACAGUUUGUUUGCACUUGAGAUUCGCGACCUGAUUAAAUUCUGGGUAGAGGAAAGGAAAGAUAUCCCAUGUUUCUUGGCUGCGAUGACUCUGGAGUUUUAUGACAAGACGACAAGAGCUUUGCGUAUUUAG